AUGGCCACGGUUGCCUCCCGGGCUGGACGGGCCUGCCCAUCGGGCGAGGCGCAGCUCACCGCGCCUGUGCUGGGGAGCCUCGUGGCCGGCGACGUGGUGGACGUCGUCGAGAUCGCGGCCGACGGCGCGGGCCUGUGGGGACGGCUGGCCCGACGGGGCGGGGGCCCGCCGCUGUGGACGCUGCUCGCCGGCGGCGGGGGCCGGGGCGCCCCGUUCCUGAGCCCGCUGCCCGCCGACGGCGUGGACCGCGCCCUGGCCUCGCUGCUGCUCGCCGGCGAGAGUCCCGGCCGCCCGUCGCCCUUGGGCCGGGCGCUGGGGGCCCUGGCGGCGCACGAGGCGCUCAGGAGGGCCGAGCGCCGGCUCGAGCGCGUCGGUCGGGAGCUGCUCGACAGGCAGCGGGCCAGGCUGGCCGCGGAGGCCCUCGGGGAGCGCGCCAAGCAGGCGGCGCUCGCGAGAGCGAGGGCCAAGAGGCUGAGGAUGCGCGACCGCUGGGACGCGGUCCACACGCCGGUCGAGGUGAGGCGCCUGCGCGCGCGCGCUGCGCUCGAGGACGGCCUGCGCGCCGCGCAGGGCCUCUGCGAGGAGCGGCUGCGGCAGCUGCGGGCCGCCGCCGCCGCGGAGGUGGCCCGCGUGCGGCACGCGCGCCUGCUCCGCAGAGCCACGGAGGGGCAGCACCCCCUCGCUGCCAAGGCAGCCGGCAUCGCUGCUCUGCUGAUGGCCGCUACGCCAGAUGCGGCCGCCGGCGGCGGGACAGGCAGCGGCGGUCCAGCGGGAGACGCUCAGCUGGCGAUCGCGCUGGCUACCAUUCGGAGGCGGCAGCGGCGAGGCCGCACGCGCGGCGCCUGCGCGAGGGAAGCCCGGGCGGCGCUCCCGCCGAGUCCGGCAGCGGCUGAGCCGCCCGGAGGGCCAGCGCCGUGCCGGCGGCGGGGCGAGGGCUCUCGCCGAGCAGCAGGCGGCGGCGUGCGCGGCUGCAGGAAGCAUCUGAUGGGCCGCUUGUCCACCACCACCACUACCACAGGUAGAGGCAAGGCCCGUGCCUUCUAA